AAGCCAAUUACAGCAGGGGUCACAUGACCACACUUGGCCGCAUAUGAUUGGCAUGACCGCAGACGGCGACACUGAUCUCAAAUUGAGCUUAAGAAGUGAUAAUACAGUGCAAUACAACUUGGCUGCAUACAUGCAUGACAACGCCUCAUGUGGUCGACGCGUCUCUUGUCACUAUUUGUCCUGCCCCUUUAAAUCUGAAGCUCAUUUAUGCGUUCGGGGGCGGAGUUUGUGUACGAGUGUCCAAUAAGAGAGCGGACUGCUGAUGCUGGAGUGGAUGCAGGACGUGGGACGCUGAUGCUGAUGCUGGGGGACCCGCACAGUGAUGGAGCGGCGACGACGCUGAAAAGGAUGCAGUAAACACCCUUGUCGAUCUGUGAAGGGGCUUUUCUUACAGACUGUCAGUGUUACAGAACCUCGGGAGAUGUAUGGCAGUGCGCGUGCCGUCGGCCACAUCGAGGGCAGCCCUGCUCGCUCCCCACGGCUGCCCCGCUCUCCACGAUUGGGCCACCGUCGAGCCAACAGUGGCAGUUCGGGCGGCAAGACCUUAUCCAUGGAGAACAUCCAGUCCCUCAACGCUGCCUACGCAACAUCUGGCCCAAUGUACUUCAGUGACCAUGAAGGCGUCGGAUCCACAGCUACUUACCCUAAAGGCACCAUGACGCUCGGUCGGGCCGCAAGUCGAACGAUGUACGGCGGUCGGGUUACAGCCAUGGGCAGCACCCCUAAUAUCGCAACGGUGGGAAUCCCGCACGCCGACCUGCUGUCUUACGGAGAUCUGGGCUCGCUGUCUAUGCUCCACCACCAGGGGACGCCGUCGGCCCUGCUCCGACAGGCGGUUAGGAGCAGUGGAGGUGAACUUCUGGAGCUCCAAGCACAGCUGCGGGACAUGCAGAGGGAAAACGAGCUGCUUCGGAGGGAGCUGGACCUGAAGGACAGCAAGCUGGGCUCUUCCACCAACAGCAUCAAGAGCUUCUGGAGCCCCGAGCUGAAGAAAGAACGUGUGAUGAGGAAAGAGGAGGCAGCUCGCACAUCAAUCCUCAAAGAACAGAUGCGAGUGACCCACGAGGAGAAUCAGCACCUGUUGGACGCCAGGAGAACAAAGCACCUCCAGUUGACCAUCCAGGCCCUGCAGGAUGAGUUGAGGACUCAACGCGAUCUCAACCAUCUUCUCCAGCAGGAGAGCGGGUCGCGGGGCAGUGGUGGCGAGCACUUCACCACCAUCGAGCUAACCGAAGAGAACUUCCGUCGGCUCCAAGCCGAACACGAUCGUCAGGCCAAAGAGCUCUUCCUCUUGAGAAAGACACUGGAAGAGAUGGAGCUGAGGAUCGAGACGCAGAAACAGACGCUAGGAGCCAGAGACGAGUCCAUAAAGAAGCUGUUGGAGAUGCUGCAGAGUAAAGGACUUCCCCCAGCCUCAGGAAGAGCGUCAGAUGAGGAAGAGCAAGAGCGAGCCAGGCGUAUCGCAGAGGCUGAAGCUCAGCUGGGACACCUAGAGGUGAUAUUAGACCAGAAGGAGAAGGAAAACAUCCAUCUGAGAGAGGAGCUUCAUCGGAGAAACCAGCUUCACCCAGAUCCUGGAAAAACUAAAGCUCUUCAGACCAUCAUAGAGAUGAAGGACACCAAAAUUGCAUCCCUGGAACGCAACAUUCGGGACCUGGAGGAUGAGAUACAGAUGUUAAAGGCGAAUGGGUUGCUGCACACGGAGGAUCGAGAGGAGGAGAUCAAACAGAUGGAGGUCUACAAAAACCACUCCAAGUUCAUGAAGUCCAAGAUUGACCAGCUCAAGCAGGAGCUCUCAAAAAAAGAGUCGGAGCUUUUAGCUCUGCAAACAAAGCUGGAAACUCUGAAUAAUCAGAAUUCAGACUGCAAACAGCAUAUUGAAGUGCUCAAAGAGUCCCUCACUGCCAAAGAGCAACGCGCUGCCAUCCUACAAACAGAGGUGGACGCUCUUAGAUUGCGUCUGGAGGAGAAGGAAUCUUUCCUUAAUAAGAAGACAAAGCAACUGCAAGACUUGACAGAGGAGAAGGGGACACUGGCCGGGGAGAUCAGAGACAUGAAAGACAUGCUGGAAGUCAAAGAACGCAAGAUAAACGUCCUGCAGAAGAAGAUUGAGAACCUUCAGGAGCAGCUGAGGGAUAAAGAUAAACAGCUCGGGAAUCUAAAGGACAGAGUGAAGUCUCUCCAGACGGACUCCAGCAACACUGAUACUGCCCUCGCCACACUAGAGGAAGCCCUGUCUGAGAAGGAGCGAAUUAUCGAGCGUCUGAAAGAGCAAAGGGAGAGGGAGGACCGAGAGAGACUGGAGGAGGUGGACUCAUAUAAAAAAGAGAAUAAAGACCUGAAAGAGAAGGUGAACUCUUUACAGGUGGAGCUAACAGAGAAGGAGUCGAGUCUCAUAGAUUUAAAAGAGCACGCCUCUUCGCUGGCCUCGUCAGGUCUCAAGAAAGACUCCAAACUCAAGUCCCUUGAGAUCGCAAUCGAGCAAAAGAAAGAGGAAUGCAGUAAACUGGAGACACAGCUGCAGAAGCAAGCAGAGCAGCUGUUCAGUCAAAUGAACAAUCCCAAGGCUCAUGAUAUGGAGGUGCAGCAAAGCUCACGUGGGAACCCUGAGUAUGUGGACCGGGUCAAACAUCUGGAAAAGGAGGUGUCCUUCUACAAAGAGGAGUCCAGCAAAGCCCAGACCGAGGUUGAGAGGUUACUGGAGAUUCUGAGAGAGGUGGAGACAGAGAAAAAUGACAAGGAUAAGAAGAUCGCAGAACUGGAAAGUCUUGCUCCCAGGCAAACCAAGGAUCAAAAUAAAAAGGGCCCAGGCAUCAAGCUUGGCCCUCAGAUGGACAAGAAAGGCCCUGGGAAUAUCUUGCAAGACCAACGGAAGGAUAAUCCAAUGGAUAACCCAAAGAUGGAGGAGUUGAUGAAUGUUUUGGAGAAGACGAGGCAGGAGUUGGAAGCCACUAAGCAGCGUCUGUCCUCCACCCAACAGUCUCUGUCUGAGAGAGACGGCCAUCUGACCAACCUCCGACAGGAGCGCAGAAAACAGCUCGAGGAGAUCUUGGAGAUGAAACAACAGGCUCUGCUCGCUGCUAUCAGUGAGAAGGAUGCUAACAUCGCUUUGCUGGAGCUGUCCUCCUCCAAUAAGAAAAAGACACAAGAGGAAGUGUUGGCCCUGAAAAGAGAGAAGGACAGACUAAUGCAUCAGCUCAAACAACAGACACAGAGCAGAAUGAAACUUAUUGCUGACAACUACGAGGAUGACCAUUACCACCCUCACGCUCCACCUCCCCACAUGCAACCUCAACCCCUUCAUCCUCAACCCCAACCCCAGCCACCAUACCCACAGCCCCAACACCCCCAACACCCCCACCAGCCUCCUUACCCACACGCGCCCCAUCCCCAACACCCACAGCCUCCACCCCACCACCCUCAACACCCGCAGCAGCCACCCCAGCCUCAAUACCCCCACCCACAACACCCACAGCACCCCCAACACCCCCAACACCCCCAGCACGCGCAGCACCCACAACACCCGCAACCGCCCGGCCCACACCAGCACCCACCUAGACCCCAGCCACCCCACCCUCAACACCCUCAUUCUGGGGUCCCUACGCAGCAGCACCCCCACGGCCCUCCGCCUCAGCAGGGCCCCCAUCCUCAGUCCAUGCAACACCCGCAGCAGCACCCCCAUCACCCCCCGCACCCCGGCCCGCAGGGCCCACACCCUCGACACCCUCCACCACACCAUCGGGGUCCAGGCCGUGGACCACCACAUCCCGGACACCGACCCGCUCCAGACCAGACAAUUCAGUCACUAAAGGAGGAGCACAGCCAUGCCAUACAGAUGAAAUUCUACAUUGUUCACUUGGCCAGUCUUUACCUACAAUCAGAUUUAUUCUUUUGGAUGGGGUCCCAUUUUUUCCAUUCAUUAAGGAAAGAGGCGGAGCAUUAGUUUGAGUGGGAGGGCCAAAGCUGGAGAUGACCACCUGAGCAGAUGAUUAAAAAAAUAAAUGGAGAGGAAGUCUGGACUGAACAGAAACACAGUUACUUCGUGGUGCAGUCCUUUUUCUAAAGACAUUUGCCUUGAAGACUCUCCAUGCUCAGUCAACACUAGAUGAGACACUGCAGCUGCUCCUAGUUGCCUGGUUUCCACUUGCGACCAGGGCAUGCAUCCAGCUGGCCCCGCCCCUUCUCAUCACUGCCCCGCCCACUCUCAUCUAGCUCCACCUCUUCAAUGAAGCAACAAGUCAGCCUGCACCCAUUCAAGCCUUGAUUCUGCUUUUUUUAUGUUAUCCAAUGUAAAAUAAUACCAUCCUAAUAAUUUCAUUUUGAACCAUUUUUUACGAUCACGUCUGCAUUAGCAAUUUUAAUCUUAAAGGCCAACUGUUGCCUGCCUUCAAUUCUUUAGGUUUUAUUGUAUGUGCUACUGUAUACAUUUAUGUACUUAGGUUUGAGUAUGCACUACGAUAUGCAUGGGCCACAUUUAAGUCUCCAUUGUUGGUUUUUAGUGUAUGUUGGACCUUAGAGAGUUAGUAUACCUCAGAGGUAGUCUACUCUAUACAGAGUUCAUUUCGUCUCACCGAUUAUAACGCACAUAACAUACACCACGCUAACCAGAAUUUGCCAUUUCAUUUUGCUCGUGCUCCACUCCAAACACCAAGGCUGGUCUGCAUGUAAGCUCUCAUGCACCUAUGCACCUCCACCCCUUAAAACAGGGAACAUUUCUAAUGGUGCUUCAACUGGUGCUCAGGCCCAAAAGAGAUGGAGACAGCCAUGGCUAAACCAUUUCGGACAUCAGCUGUUCUAUAACACUCACUGAAUCCAUGGCGGCAAGUUUUUUCGGAAGAUAAUUGAGAUGUUUUCCCAAGCUACUGCUGCAGGUCGUAGCAUUGAUGAAUUUGUCAAGAUGUCUGUUGACAAGGCCAGUCCAACCUGUGUGUCCCAUAAAGGGAAUGUCCUUCUCCUUUAACGAACCGCCCCACCAGGUAUUGGCGGAGCUACCGCCAAAUUCUCGUAACGUCUCAACAUUGGUGGCGAGUGCCUAUUUAUAAAUAGAUAGUAGAUAUAUAGAUAGAGAAAUACUAGCUAAAUAAAGUGUGUCUACUGUGGUCAGACUAUUGUGUCAGAAAUCAAAGGAAACUUUUUUUUUUUUUUUCUCGGUGUGUUUGAGUCGUGUGUGUUAUCAUUGUCUGUUUGGCCCCUCACAGUGCUCCAAUUACAAGAUCUUGGCACUGGGGUCUAUGCAAAAAAAAGAACGCAAAAGGUCUUUUGCAGGACAUGCGUGGAAUCAAGAAACUAGAUCUUCAGCUAGAAAAAGUGUUGUAUAGAAUAUGUUGCACCUCAUAAAAGGAACAAAAAAAAAAAAAUCAAACAGCAAUGAGAUCUGAACAAAAAAUUUUGGUGACCUGAGGUGGAUUUCAUCACUGUCAUUGUAAACACAACUUAAAGGAAUAGUUCUCCCAAAAAUGAAAAUUCUGUCAUUAAUUACUCACACUCAUGUCGUUCUAAAGCCGUAAGAUUUUCUUUCAUUUUCGGAACACAAAUUAAGAUAUUUUUGAUAAAAUCCAAGAGACAACACAACUGACAAGUUGAAGGCCCAGAAAGGUAGUUAGGACAUCAUUAAAAUAGUCCAUGUAAUCAGUGGUUCCACCUACGAGAAUACUUUUUGUG